AUGAGCUCUGAGCCCAUUGUCAAUGGCGGAGUUCAGAUCCACCAGAGCCGUAGAUUACCGGACUUCUUACAAAGUGUGAACUUGAAGUAUGUGAAAUUGGGUUACCAUUACUUGAUAACUCACCUUUUGACUCUCUGCUCAGUUCCUCUAAUGGCGGUCGUUGUCAUUCAAGCCUCACAGAUGAACCCAGAUGACAUUCACCACCUCUGGCUCCAGCUCCAGUACAAUCUGGUCAGUGUCAUUAUUUUCUCUGCUGUAAUUGUUUUUGGAUCCACCGUUUACAUUAUGACCCGCCCGAGAUCCGUUUACCUUGUGGACUUUUCAUGUUACAAGCCGCCUUCGCAUUUGCAAGUGAGAUUUCAGCAGUUCAUGGAGCAUUCGAAGCUCACUGGGGACUUUGACGAGUCUUCACUUGAGUUCCAGCGCAAGAUUCUUGAGCGCUCUGGCCUUGGGGAGGAGACUUAUGUCCCUGAAGCAAUGCAUUACAUUCCGCCCAGGCCGUCUAUGGCGGCGGCUCGCGAGGAGGCAGAGCAGGUGAUUUUUGGUGCUUUGGAUAAUCUGUUUGCUAAUACAAAUGUUAAGCCUAAGGACAUUGGCAUUCUUGUUGUGAAUUGUAGUUUGUUUAAUCCAACCCCUUCACUGUCUGCUAUGAUUGUUAACAAGUACAAAUUGAGGGGGAAUAUUAGGAGUUUUAAUUUGGGGGGUAUGGGGUGUAGUGCUGGAGUUAUAGCUGUUGAUCUUGCUAAGGAAAUGUUGCAAGUUCAUGGGAACACUUAUGCGGUGGUUGUCAGCACUGAGAAUAUUACUCAGAAUUGGUACUUUGGGAACAAGAAAUCCAUGUUGAUACCAAACUGUUUGUUCCGUGUUGGUGGGGCGGCGGUUUUGCUUUCAAACAGGUCGUUGGAUAGGCGUCGGGCAAAGUAUAAGCUUGUGCAUGUUGUGAGGACUCAUCGUGGGGCUGAUGAUAAGGCAUUUAGAUGUGUUUAUCAAGAGCAGGAUGAUGCUGGGAAAACUGGGGUUUCAUUGUCGAAGGAUCUCAUGGCAAUUGCUGGUGGAGCUCUUAAGACAAACAUCACAACAUUGGGUCCCCUUGUCCUGCCUCUAAGUGAGCAGCUUCUCUUCUUUGCUACUUUGGUUGCAAAGAAGUUGUUCAAUGCGAAAGUCAAGCCUUAUAUCCCGGAUUUCAAGCUUGCUUUUGAUCAUUUUUGCAUACAUGCUGGUGGGAGGGCUGUGAUUGAUGAGCUUGAGAAGAACUUGCAGCUUCUACCAGUUCAUGUUGAGGCAUCUCGGAUGACACUCCACAGGUUUGGUAACACCUCGUCGAGUUCGAUUUGGUAUGAGUUGGCUUAUACUGAGGCAAAGGGGAGGAUGCAAAAGGGGAACCGUGUCUGGCAGAUUGCUUUUGGUAGUGGUUUCAAGUGUAACAGUGCAGUCUGGGAGGCUCUUCAGAAUGUAAAACCUUCUCUUCAUAGUCCAUGGGAAGAUUGCAUUGACUGGUACCCAGUGGAGACUGUUGUCUAG